ACCCCGGAGCCAAUUACACCACCAUUAUUUUGAAAGGUCAUAACGGAAGCUCUGUGAGUCGCAUCGGCAAGCUCGACAGUAUCGGUGGACUCAGCCACGGUCAGUGACUUUCGGGCGGAAUGCGUCACUCGUAGCUAACAGCAUUCCUAACACACACACCAAAGGGCUGUCAGUCAUCAUCAGUGCAGCCAGCAGGCCAUGGCUGGCUUCAGGCAAGAGGAUGUUGAGCUCCAUUAUGAGAUGGGAGAGGAGCUGGGCAGUGGGCAGUUUGCAAUUGUGCGCAAGUGCAAAGAGAAAAGCUCAGGCGUGGGCUACGCAGCGAAGUUCAUCAAGAAGCGCCGCCUGUCGUCCAGCCGGCGGGGCGUGAGCCGCGAGGAGAUCGAGCGCGAGGUGAACAUCCUGCGCGAGAUCCAGCACAGCAACAUCAUCACGCUGCACGACAUCUUCGAAAACAAGACCGACGUCAUCCUCAUCCUGGAGCUGGUGUCCGGCGGUGAGCUCUUUGAUUUCCUGGCCGAGAAAGAGUCGCUGACUGAGGAGGAGGCCACACAGUUCCUUAAGCAGAUCCUGGACGGCGUGCACUAUCUCCACUCCAAGCGCAUCGCUCACUUUGACCUCAAGCCUGAGAAUAUCAUGCUGCUGGACAAGAAUGUCCCUAAUCCCAGGAUAAAGCUGAUCGAUUUUGGGAUCGCUCAUCAGAUCAAAGCGGGGAACGAGUUCAAAAACAUUUUCGGAACGCCAGAGUUCGUAGCUCCAGAAAUAGUCAACUAUGAGCCGCUGGGUCUGGAGGCCGACAUGUGGAGCAUCGGGGUCAUUACAUACAUCCUGUUGAGCGGCGCCUCGCCAUUUCUCGGCGAAACCAAGCAGGAGACCCUCACCAACAUCUCGGCCGUCAACUACGACUUUGACGAGGAGUACUUCAGCAACACCAGCGAGCUCGCCAAGGACUUCAUACGACGCCUGCUGGUCAAAGACCCCAAGAAGAGAAUGACCAUCGAUGACAGUCUUCAGCAUCCAUGGAUAAAGGUCAUCAAGAGACGCAAUGUGCGCCAGGAGGAGCGCGACCACAAGCCCGAGCGCCGGCGUCUGAAGACCACCCGGCUGAAGGAGUACACCAUCAAGUCUCACUCCAGCAUGCCGCCCAACAACACCUACGUCAACUUCGAGCGCUUCUCCCAGGUGCUGGAGGAGAUCGCCUCGGCCGAGGAGGGCCUGAAGGACCUGGAGCGCAACCAGCGCUCGUGUCGCGACGACGUGGCCGCCCUGCUCUCCAUCUACGAGGAGAAGGAAGCCUGGUACAAGGAGGAGAGCCAGACCAUCUCCGGCGACCUGAGCGGCAUCCGCCAGGAGCUGCAGCGCACGCAGGCCCAGCGCAAGAAGAGCCAGGAGGACGCCCGGCUCGCCAUGCAAGCCGCCAACAUCCUCAAGCGCAAGUUCGGACGCCUGGAAAACCGCUACGAGUCUCUGGCCGAGCAGGUGGCCUCCGAAGUCCGCUGGGUGGAGGAGCUGGUCCGCUCCAUAUCUUUGGAAAAGGAUCGCCUGGACUGCGGCAGCACACCGUGAGCACAACAACUCUUUUCAUUCCUCGCCUAACUCGGAGUCCUCCCAUUAAAAAAAGGUCUCCUUUCUGUGCAGAACAUUAUUUAUUAUUUUACUGUAAUUUUACUCCUCACGCUCUAUUUUUUAAAAACAUUUUUUAACUUAGAAUGUUGGCAUGUAUUUUUCAUAGUCGUUACAAAGCAUUUGAGUCUUUUCUAAAGGGAUGCAAUAAACAGGAUGGCCAGUCAGUCACUGCUACUGACAACAUCUCACACUGUUCUGCUCAUCGUCUUAAAACCUAUGCACACUCGCCUUGUCCUCAAGACUUUAAAUCAUGGGACUUUUCUAAUGUUUGUCGUCCGUGCACACCUCAAACAUUCCAUUGACCUUUUGACAUAUUCCGUGAUGGGGGUUUUCCCAUGCACGUACUCAUUGGCACUUGAAUGAUUUAACUCUAGCAACGUUUAGAAAUAUAUUUUAAAUAUCUUAGCUGCAAGCAGCUGUAAAAUUGAAGGUGUGCAGCCUGUUCCAAAUAAACAAAGUUUUAUCUAA